AUGGUUCCUCCGACUGCACCUUCCACGGCGGUGGCGGCGCCGGCGCCGGAGCCGGUGGCCGAACCGGCGACUCCGGCCUCGUUGGACGCGCACCGGUCGCUACCGACGCCAUUCCUCACUAAGACCUACCAACUCGUGGACGAUCCGGCGAUCGACGAAGUGAUCUCCUGGAAUGAGGAUGGAUCUACGUUUAUUGUCUGGCGCCCCGCCGAUUUCGCUCACGACCUGCUCCCCAAGUAUUUUAAGCACAAUAAUUUCUCCAGCUUCGUGCGCCAGCUGAACACCUACGUGAGUUUCUUGGAAUUUUUCAUUCAAGCCCGCGGUCGUGGAGACCUGAACAUAUUUUCGUAUCUUCCCUCGUUCGGUCUGACGCGGAUUUUGCGUCUCCUUGCAGGGUUUCAGAAAAAUUGUUCCGGAUCGGUGGGAAUUCGCAAACGACUGUUUCCGGAGGGGAGAAAAGCAUCUUCUAUGUGACAUCCACCGUCGGAAGAUGCAACCACCAGCGGCGGUCCCGUCUGUCCCGACGGCAAUCCCCGUCGCGAUUCCUGUGACCAGGGUGAUUUCCCCGACUAACUCCAGCGACGAGCAGGCCAUCUCUCCGAACUCGUCUUCCGGUUGCCCUCAAUCGAUGUCCACCAAGGGUAGCGGGGGGACUUCCACCGAGCUCGUGGAGGAGAACAACCGGCUGAGGAAGGAGAACGAACGGUUGCACCACGAGCUCUCCAAGAUGAAAAAUCUCUGCAACAGUAUCAUCCUUCUCAUGUCGAAGUACGCGAGCCAGAUUCAGCCGCAGGACCAAGUCCAUGCGGCCUCCCCCGGCCGCGGUGGCUACAACCAGACUGCGGAGAAGCCUACGCCGCCGCCAUCCCCGCUCAAUCUCAUGCCCCUGACUCGGUGCUCGUCCGAGUCCGACCCGGCGUGUCCCCGCGAUUCGGACGACCGUGUCCCGUCGGAGGAGCAGAGCCGCAGCCGCAGCCCCAGCCCGCGGCUCUUCGGCGUUCCCAUCGGCCUGAAGCGCACACGGGACAACAACCUGGAUGAAGACUCCGCCGACGAGGAACCCCAUCACCGCCGGGCCAUCGAGGUGAAACCCGAGCCGACCGAUCCCGCCGCCGCCGAUUCCCCGGCGGAGGAGAACCUCCGCCGGUGGCGUCUACACGGUACCUGCCGGCCGAACCAGGGUGUCUGCAAUUAA